CUGAACUUUCCCAUGCAGCCGUCCAAGUUUUGCUUUUCUCCUGUAGGAAGUGGCUGGCUAUAGCUGUCGUGCUUUGACAGAUCUCUAAAGAGAGCUGGAACUUUUGUAGGAGGUGCUCUUUCCAAAUGCAGCUCCAUUUGUGAAACUCAUUUAAGUCCUCAGGAGGCGAGUUAACAGUGGAUCUGUUCGUCAUGAGUUUUGCCGAACUCCUAGACAGCAUUGGCGGCAUGGGCCGCUUUCAAAUCAUCCAUGUGGCUUUGCUUGUUAUCCCUGUUUUAAUGACAGCCUCUCAUAACCUUCUGCAGAAUUUUUCUGCUGCUGUCCCAAGACAUCACUGCCAGAUCCGUGUCCCUGCCAACAGCACGGGUAGUACAAACAUGACUCAAAGGCUGAGCACCAAAGAGCUCUUGAGGAUCUCCAUCCCCAUGGAUGGGGACUGGGAGCCAGAGAAGUGUCGCCAGUUCAUCAACACCCAGUGGCAGCUCCUAAGUCCCAACGCCACCGUCGCGAACGAGACAGAGAUGGAAACAGAGCCAUGCACAGAUGGGUGGACCUACGACAAGAGCAUCUUCACCAACACCAUCAUUAUGGAGUGGGACCUGGUGUGUAACCUGCGGACGCUCGGACAGAUGGCUCAGUCAAUUUACAUGGCUGGGGUGCUGGUGGGAGCGCUUGUGUUUGGAAGCUUAGCAGACAGGUUCGGGCGGAAGGCUCUCCUGAGCUGGUCUUACCUGCAGAUGGCUGUCUCGGGCACCUGCACUGCCUUGUCACCCAAUUUCACCGCAUACUGCAUCUUUCGCUUCCUGGUUGGGAUGGCCCUUUCUGGGAUCAUCCUCAACUGUAUGUCACUGGUUGUUGAGUGGGUGCCAAUCAAUGUACGGACCAUAGCCAGCACAGUGGUGGGAUACUGCGCUACCAUUGGGCAGAUUGUUCUUGCAGGCUUGGCAUAUGCCCUCCCGGACUGGCGCUGGUUACAAUUCACCGCAUCUAUGCCCUUCUUCAUCUUCUUUCUCUACUCCUGGUGGUUUGCAGAGUCCGCUCGUUGGCUGGUUCUAUCAGGAAAACCGGACCAAGCAGUGCAGGUGCUUAAGAAAGUUGCUCAGAUAAAUAGAAAAAAAGAAGAAGGAGACAAGCUCGAUACUGAGGUCUUGAAAUCCAACAUGCAGAAGGAAAUGGCUUUGGCACAAUCUUCCUACACAUUGUACAGUUUGGUCCGCACACCCAACGUACGCAGGAUAUCCUGCUGCAUAUCUAGUGUCUGGUUUGCCACCAGCUUUGCCUUCUAUGGCUUGGCCAUGGACCUGCAGCACUUCGGCUUCAACAUUUAUCUCAUCCAGGUGGCUUUUGGCUCCAUUGACAUCCCGGCCAAGCUGGGUGCUGCCAUCGGGAUGAGCUUCAUUGGCCGGCGCUUCACCCAGGCAGCUUCCGUCAUCCUGGCAGGGCUGGCGAUCCUGGCCAACAUAUUUGUGCCACGAGAGCUGAAGGCCUUACGUACAUCCCUGGCAGUGCUUGGAAAAGGAUGCUUAGCCUCUUCCUUUAACUGUUUGUACCUCUACACUGGCGAGCUGUACCCAACAGUCAUCAGACAGACCGGCAUGGGGCUUGGAAGCACCAUGGCUCGCGUGGGCGGCAUAGUAGCUCCGGUGGUAAGGGUGACGGGGGAAUAUUUCCCAUACUUCCCACCAAUUAUAUAUGGGACAGCUCCUAUAAUCUCAGGCAUCGCUGCUAUAUUCCUGCCAGAGACCCUCAAUGUGCCAUUGCCUGACACCAUAGAAGAAGUGGAGAGAGGGAAAAGGGCCAGAGACCUAAAGAAUGACAAGCAAAAGGAGAAGAUUCUUCUGCAGACAAUGGGGCCGGCAAUGUUGCAGGAAGCCUGAUGGUGUGAUGCAAGAGGGGGCCCCUUGGGUUAGGUAGUCCUCUGUUCAGAGUGUCACCCACGUUUCUGUACACAGCAGUAUACUCAUAGGGCCUGGCUCUGUGCAGUGCUGCAGAGCAGAGAGAGGUUGCAGGGGAGUCAUAACAAAUAAAUGGCAGAUUCCUCAGUCUUUGAAAUAUCUCUCUCACACAUACACACGUGCGCACACACUCUGAUACUCGCACUCAUACAUACACUGACUCGUGUGCAUGUUCACACUUACACUCAUGCAUACACCCAGUCCCAUUCACACCGUCACACACACGCUCACACAUACACACUCAUUCACUCAGGCAGAUGUUCUCACACAUUCCUGCUCACACACACUUGCAACAAACACAGAGGUCGGCACUGUUAGAAGGCUCCCUUCCUUUCCACCACAGCUGAUUAACACUCGACCUUCUGCCAUCUGACAAUAAGUUGGUUCCCAACCCAAAUCUCAUAAACAGCUGUGUUUUAUGGAAAACUCACCCUAUAAAUCUAAUGGCUGUGGAUGGAAUGUGUUUCAUUCAGCUCCCAUUGUAGAGAGGCCCAUGGCCAUUUUUCACAUACCUGAAUACCAGAGCCCUUGGGUCAGAGGAAAUGUUUAAACAAUUUCAAUUACCAUCACGUCUGUUUCCAUGGGGCGUAAACAGAACACUCAUGCUGCCUAAUAAAUGCCGACUCCUGUUAAGGCGGUAGUCUGGGAUGACCCAUUCAUCUCCUGCCCAUGGUAUCACCACCUCUCCAAUGGAGGACUCCCAUUAUGGCUCUGUAUCUGCUGAAGGGUUCAAUCUUUUAGCCCUAAAAUUAUCUUCAUCCCAGAUAGGACAGAAACUUUGGACCAUAUUUGUGGCUGGUGUAAAUGGGCAGAGCUCCACUGACUUCAGUGGAGUGAUGCCCCUUUACACUAGGCUGGGUAUCUGGCCCCUUUAUGCCAAAGAAACUUUGCCCAAUUUACACUAGCUGGGGAUCUGGCCAUACUGUUGCCAAUGGAGUGACACCAACUG